AUGGAGAUCGGUGAACUCUCCCUUCCCCCCACGGCCACCCCAGCACCAGCCACGCACGGCCAACCCUCCCGCAAGCGCAAGCACGCUGCCGUCGCAAACACCGCCGCCGCCUCCCCCGCUCCCUCCGACCCCGGCGCGACCCCCGCGCCCGAAAACCUCGUCCUCAGCGCCCGCCACGACCUCUCCUCCCGCCCCCGGCUCACCAUCUCCCGCCAUCCUGGCUUCGUGCCCGCCGCGCCCUCGUCCGAGUACUUCACCACCGAGCCCCUCUGCUUCAACCGCCUCGGCUUCCGCUACACCCCCGCCGGCAUCGGCUCCCUCGACCACGCCCUCCCCUUCCGCACCAUCGAGUCCGAGCCCGCGCGCCUCCGCGUCUCCUGGGAGGACCGGAGCCCGUUCGUGCGCGUCACCCAGGACGGGCUCCGCCUCCAGGGCGAGAAGGGCUUCCGCUCCGCGCGCUGCAACGCCCCCGUGCGCGAGGGCCGCUGGUUCCUCGAGGUCGCCGUCGCGUCCGGGGCCGGCGCGCGCCCGCUCGGCCCGCACCGCAACGAGGGCGCGCACCUCCGCCUCGGCUGGGCGCGCCGCGAGGCGCCCCUCAACGCCCCCGCGGGCUACGACGGCUACAGCUACGCCGUGCGCGACCGCACGGGCGAGAAGGUCACGCUCUCGCGCCCGCGCCCGUACGGCCGCCCGUUCGGGAGCGGGGACGUCGUCGGGCUCGCGAUCUGCCUGCCCCCGCGCCGCCGCGGGGACCGGCGCGACCCGUACGACCCCGCGCACGUGAAGCGGGAGCGGAUCGCGAUCGAGUUCAAGGGCCAGGAGUACUUCGAGAGCCUCGAGUACCCGCAGUCGAAGGAGAUGGUCGCGCUCAUGGACGCGAACGACCGCGCGAAGGGGACGGACACCAAGAGCGUGCCGUCGGGCACGAAGAAGAGCGCGACCGUCAAGAACGUCCCCUCUAAUGGCCGCGGCAAGGGUGGCGCGGGGCUCGAGACGACGCCCAUGCGCCCGCUGCCCACGCUCGGGUCGGAGUCGUACAUCGCCUUCUUCGUGAACGGGGAGUGCCAGGGGAUCGCGUUCCAGGACCUGUACGACUACCGCCCGCUGCGGACGCCGCCGAACAAGUCCGCGCACAAGAAGCGGGCGAACAAGGAGGGCAUCCGUGAGCACAAGGAGAACCCGUUCGACGACGGCACGCUCGGCUACUACCCGUUCAUCUCCCUCUUCAACGGCGCGCAGGUGAGCAUCAACCCCGGACCCGACUUCGCGUUUCCGCCCCCUCCGGACAUCGACGCGGUCGUCGCGAACCCAGGCGCAGACAUCAAGCCUGCGCCGGACAGCGAGCGGACCUGGCGCCCGAUGUGCGAGCGGUACGAGGAGUUCAUGCAGGAGCAGUGGGAGCUGGACGACCAGGAGGAGGCGGAGGCCAUCGAAACCCACCCGCCGUACUCCCAGCUAAUGCGCGCGGACGCCGAGGAGCGCAGGCAGGAGAAGGAGAAGGAAAAGUCGGAGCCGCGCCAGCCGAAACGCAAGCCGCCCGCCGGCUCCAAAGCCUCCCGCGGCAAGCACCCGUCCUCGAAGCUGCACGACGCCGGCUCCGUGCCCCCGCCCGCCGCCGCCGCCUCCGCGCCGAAGCGCGCAAAGGUGGCAUCCGCGUCCCCCGCGCUCGGCACGUUCCCCCGUGCGGGGCACGCCGCGUCGAACGCCAGUGUGGUCGCCCCGGUGGUCGUGCGCGGGGCGACCCCGGCGACACGGGAGGGCAGCGAGCGCGUGGCGUCUCCCGCGCCGACGGCGGCGUCGAGCCUCAGUCUGGACGCGCAGAUCGCGGGGCUCGCCGGGUACGCGGACGAGAACGAGCAGGACGCCGGCAUCGAACAGGAACACGACCAGAGCGCGUACAACACCGACUACGAGGACGGGGCCCUGAACGGCGCCGACACGGACGGGGACGUUGAGUUCGGAGACGUCGAGAUGGAUGCCAUCGAGGAGGCGGUGGAUUACUCGUACGCGUCGCGGCGGCCGUAG